AUGGGUGGUGGUUCCGGGGGAGCCAUAGGUGGCGGGAGCGGUGGAGGUUUUGGAGCCGGCGGCGGUAUGGGUGGUGGUUCCGGUGGAGGCGUAGGUGGCGGGAGUGGUGGAGGCUUUGGUGGCGGCGGCGGUAUGGGUGGUGGUUCCGGGGGAGGCAUAGGCGAUGACAACGGUGGAGGCCUUGGAGGCGGCAACGGUGUAGGUGGAGGGAAGGGCGGUGGUUUUGGAGGUGGCGGUGGAAGCGGUGGUGGAUUUGGUGCUGGAGCCGGAUCUGGUGCUGGAAUGGGAGGCGGCUUUGGAGGCGGUGGAGGAAAAGGCGGUGGUUUUGGAGGUGGCAGCGGUGGUGGAUUUGGUGUUGGAGCAGGUUCUGGUGCUGGAAUGGGUGGCGGCUUCGGAGGCGGUGGUGGUGCAGGCAGUGGUUUUGGAGGCGGCCUCGGAGCUGGCAGUGGUAUAGGUGGCGGUUUUGGAGGUGGAGGUGGCUUUGGAGCCGGCGGAGGUGCAGGAGGCGGCUUUGGAAGUGGUGGUGGUGCGGGUGAAGGCAUGGGAGCUGGUGUCGGAGGUGGCAUCGGUGCUGGCAGUGGUAGCGGUAUUGGUGGAGGUAGUGGAUUGGGCAAGGGCGUUGGUGCUGGAGGCGGCAUCGGAGCUGGCAGUGGCAGCGGUAUUGGUGUAGGUAGUGGAUUGGGCAAGGGUGUUGGUGCUGGAGGAGGGAUUGAAGUCGGCGGAGGUGCUGGAACCGGCAAGGGCCUUGGCACUAGAGGCGGUCUUGGAGCUGGCAGUGGCACUAGUGGAGAUGGUAGAAUGGGCCACAAUGUUGGUGCUAAAGUUGGUGGCGGCGAGAGAAAACGUGGCAGAAAACACCACGAUGGAAGCAAUAAUGGCAGGAAAAACAAGCAAGGGUGUUUAAACUGA